AUGUACAUCCAUAUUGGUCUUCUAUUAACAAUUGUUAUUGUCGUGAUAAAUGGGUCAAUUCCAUCAACAACAAUUGAAAUUGAUUUAAAUGAAUUAACAAAAUUACAUAGAGAAUUUCUUGUUCGAUCCCCAUCUAUAGCUGCUUGCCAAGCUUAUGAACUUCAAUGUCGUGCUGUUACUGAAUGUUGUCCAAAUGAGCAAGAAAAUCUUUAUACUUUAUUUACUGAAAGUCAAUUGAAUGAAAAAUGUUUAGCUAAUAGACCAAAAUUAACAAAAUCAUCUCUUUCAUCCUUAUGUAUGUCAACACUUCAUCAAUUAAUUCAACUAACAAGAGAACCAAUUUAUAAACAAUAUUUUGAAAUGCUUGGAAAUAAUAUUAAAUAG